AUGCCUCCGCGCCCGAGUCCCAGGACAUCGCCAACGCACUUUUUGUGCAUCCCACUUGUCACUCCAGCCUCGCGGCCUCAGCUGUCCAAGAGCCUGGCCGCCUUCAAGGCGGACGUUACCAGUCAAGACAGCUUCGCCAUUCCAACAGACGCAGUGCGCCCCCUCAGCACCUUGCACCUGACUCUUGGCGUUAUGAGCUUCCCGAACAAUGAAGGCGUCGACAAAGCUAUCGAAGUUCUCCGGAGCCUGAAACCUCGCGAGAUUCUCGCCGGCAUUAAGCCUUUGUCCUCCAUCACUUCUUUGGCUGCCCCGUCCCAGGCAUCGAAUGCCGAUGGAGCCACCCAGUCACUUUCCUCGUUAAACAUCACGCUCCGCGGCUUACACUGCAUGAAGUCCGGCCCCAAGGCUGACCCUAGCAAAGCAUCGGUUCUCUACGCGCCGCCGACGUACUCCGAAGGCAUCUUCCAGGCGUUCUGCGAAAAGAUUAGGGCCGUCUUCGAGGAGGCCGGUGUCAUGGACAAAGACAACCGUGGACUGUUGCUGCACGCUACGAUUGUCAACACUAUCUACGUCAAGGGCGCCCGCGGUAAGAAGGGCUCAAAGCUGACGAUCGAUGCGACGGACAUCCUCGACCGAUACGACGAUUAUGUUUGGAUGGAAGACGUGCCCGUGGAGAAAAUUGCCAUCUGCCGUAUGGGGGCCAAGAAGAUUGAGGGUGUAGACGAUCAGGAAUACGAAAUCGAGGCUGAGGCCGACUUCUGA